AUGGCUCACUUCAAAGCGGGUUUCACCAUCCUGGCCUUCUUCUUUUCCCUCACCUUCCUCACGGCGAUCAAAUCCGAGACGCUGUUCGCUCGACGACUAUCUGCUCAAGAUCAGUUUCGGCUCAAACCGGAGAAGAUGACCCAUCUUCGCUUCUAUCUCCACGACACGCUCACCGGGCAACACCCUACCGCCUUCCCUGUCGCCCAAGCGGCAAUCACAAACACGUCGUCCACGUUUUUCGGCCUCGUCGCCGUCAUCGACGACCCGCUGACCGUGACCCCAGAUCUAAACUCGACUCUCGUUGGGAGAGCUCAGGGAAUGUACGCGUCGUCGUCGCAGAGUGAGGUCGCCCUCACCAUAACCAUGAACUUGGUCUUCGCAGAAGGGGCGUACAACGGGAGCACGUUGAGCGUGUUGGGGCGGAACCCGAUCCUGAAAAAUCCGAGGGAGCUGACCAUCGUUGGCGGGACCGGCGUUUUCAGGUUCGCUCGCGGAUAUAUCCAGCUAAGAACUUACACUUACAACGCAACAACGAAUAAUGCCAUUGUGAAGUACGAUGUUUACGCAUCACAUUACUGA